GGUCAGUGUUCAAUUCCUCAUUCUUCACUUUUUGAAUCUUUCGAAUCGUCGCUUGUCAGUUAGGGUUUCUUCAUAUUCCCCAAAUCGGAAACAACCCAUCCAUCAAAUUUUCUCAACGCAAUGUCGUCGUCUAAGAAGAUCGUCCUCAGGAGUUCCGACGGCGAAACCUUUGACGUCGACGAAAUCGUCGCCGUCGAGUCUCAGACCAUCAAGCACAUGAUCGAAGACGAUUGCGCUGACACUGUUAUUCCCUUGCCUAAUGUCACCAGUGCCAUUCUUUCUAAGGUAAUUGAGUAUUGUAAGAUGCAUGUUGAGACCGAUGAUAAAGAUUCUAAGGUCAUUGAUGAUACUCUCAAAACCUGGGAUGCUGAAUUUGUCAAGGUUGAUCAAAAUACUCUCUUCGAUCUCAUCUUGGCUGCUAACUAUCUGAACAUCAAGAGUCUACUGGAUCUAACAUGCCAGACAGUGGCAGACAUGAUCAAAGGAAAGACACCAGAGGAAAUUAGAAAGACAUUCAACAUCAAGAAUGAUUUUACUCCAGAGGAGGAAGAGGAGGUUCGAAGGGAGAAUCAAUGGGCCUUCGAGUAGUAAUAAUACAGUCAUUUUUAAUUUGAUUAUAUAAUAGUAAUUAAUUAAUGUCUUUGUAAUGUCUAUAGAUUUUAGGGAAGUUCGACUCUUUUCAUUUCUCACUUUCUGGGAUGCUCUUGGUUGUAACUUUUCUCAUAUUUCUCAAAAAUCAAUAUCUAGUUUUUGUGGAUUUCAUUUACUUUUCUGUAGAGGCCAAUGUCUCGAUAUUAUCAUUAUCUUUAACCUUACGAGUAUUGUA